AUGAUCAGCCAUCAGGUCGAUCGUGGCCGAGAGAAUUCUCGUUCGGUCGUCGGGUUCGGCCGGGCGGAUUAUUUGGUUGAAUGUUCUGGCCGGACGAGAGACGAUGCCUUCCUGGUCGGACGGUGCGAUCGUGCGCGUGACACGGAUCGUGUUGACUGUCGGGACGAACGAGGCGACGUCUUCCUGUUCGCACGGCGCGGUCGUGCGCUGGACAGUAUGGAUGUGAAAGUUCUGCGUGAGUUGAUCGUGGGGCGAGAGUUCCUCGGUCGGCCAGUAUGCGGGGUCUUGAGCGCUGAUGCGCGGUUUAAGCCGUCUGGACCAGUCUUCAGAUCCGGUGGGUCACCAAGAGUGAGUGAGGUCUCCGGUGGUAUUGUGGUUGAGGCGAUGUACGGUUUUAGUCUUUGUCCAUUGACUGUGAAAUCUCCUCCCAUUGGAUCCCAUAGCACUACUGCUCCAAAAGGUCGGACUUCUUUGAUCCUGAACGGUCCGGACCAUCUUGAACGAAGCUUCCCUGGAAAGAGCUUCAGUCUUGAGUUGAACAACAAUACUUGGUCGUUUGGGGCAAAGCUUUUUGGAAUGAUCUUGCGGUCAUGGAAAGCUUUGUUCUCUCCUUAUAGAUCUUUGAAUUCUCAUAUGCCAGAUGCUAAUCUCAUCAAGCUCAUUAGCUGGAUCAAUCUUCUUUCUCCUGCUGUCUUUAGGUUGAAGUUCAACUCCUUAAUAGCCCAAGCUGCUUUGUACUCUAGCUCCACAGGUAAAUGA